AUGUAUGCUUUAAGGAGGCAACGAUUUUUUACUAAAAUUUGUAAAUUUGGAGGACCACGCGUCCCUAUUCAAGUUACGCCUGUACUCACGCGAUUUCCAAAACUUUUGAAAGCCGGAGGUCAGUCUUUGACUACAGUAUGUACUCGAAAUGUACUUACCAUUCGUCUUCCUAACCUGCAAAGUUAUGAAACCUCUUUGCGACGCUACUACGGUUCGCAGUCAUACCCAAGUCAUAUAGUAGUCCCCAUGCCCGCUUUAUCUCCUACUAUGACCAUGGGAAACAUUGGGAAAUGGAGAAAAGAAAUCGGCGAUGCCAUCACACCAGGCGAUGUAUUGGUAGAAAUUGAAACUGACAAGGCCCAAAUGGACUUUGAAUGUCAGGAAGAGGGAUACCUCGCAAAAAUUCUCAUAGAGACUGGUGCGAAGGAUGUUAAUGUCGGUAAUCCCAUAGCCAUUAUUGCCGAAGAUCAAGAAGAUGUGCAAAAGUUUACCGACUAUGUUAUUGAACAAAGUUCAACUACUCCUGAAGUUGAACAGGUUGAAGAAACACAUGAGCCAUCUGCUCAAAAGGAAACAUCUAAGGAACCCCCGUCCGAAAAGUCACGUGAACCAAUAAAAGGUCGUUCACCUACCGACCGAAUACUUGCGAGUCCCGUAGCACGUAAAUUAGCAGCCGAACGCGGAAUUUCUCUUGAUCAGGUUACCGGUACAGGACCGAAAGAUCGCAUUGUAAAAGCUGAUAUAUUGAACUUUGUUCCUCCGUCAGCUCCUUCACCAACAGUUGAUAAGCCGACCACAUCAAGUGUUGAGGCUACCUCAGAAUACACUGAUAUUCCUCUAACUAACAUGCGAAAGGUUAUUGCCGAACGAUUAAGUGAAUCUAAGCAAUCCAUCCCACAUUAUUAUUUGACUAUAGAGGUUGAAGUGGAUAGACUCUUAAAACUUCGUGAAGAACUUAAUAAAGACAGUGAUGGAAAAUAUAAACUUUCUGUCAAUGAUUUUAUCAUUAAGUCAGCUGCUCUGGCAUUGCUGGAAAUCCCCGAAGCGAAUUCAUCUUGGCACGGUGACUUCAUUCGACGAUAUCACAACGCUGAUGUUUCGGUUGCGGUCGCUACUCCUAGUGGUUUAAUUACGCCUGUUGUGAAGAAUGCACAAGCCAAAGGACUAGCGUCAAUUUCCAGGCAGGUUAAAGAGUUGGCGGAUCGUGCAAAAGAAGGAAAACUAGCACCGCAUGAAUAUCAGGGUGGAAGUUUUACCGUUUCUAAUCUUGGGAUGUUCGGUAUCAAAUCUUUCACGGCUAUAAUCAACCCUCCGCAAUCUUGUAUUCUUGCGGUUGGCGCAACCAAACAAAAACUCGUACCCGAUUCUAGUCAGGAAACAGGAUAUCAGAUCGUGAACACCAUGCAUGUAACUCUUUCUUGCGAUCAUCGGGUUGUUGAUGGGGCUCUGGGUGCACAAUGGCUCUCUGCAUGGCGAUCCUACAUGGAAAACCCAAUCAAGCUGAUUUUAUAA